ACGGACGUUAUACGCUGGAGCACACACUCUGACAGCUGAUUUGAGUUCCGAAGACGUGUACUUUCCGGACCGAUCUAGCCGUCUAGUUUGUUCAUUUUCACUAUCGUUUCUCGUAAUAUCACCUUUAUUUCGUUCACGUUGUUUCGAUACAUUUGUUUUGCUGAUGGCGACAGUCGAGGAACUGAAGCUGCGCGUGAGAGAGCUGGAGAAUGAAUUGAUCAAAUGUAAGCAGAAGCAGUGUGCCAUGGAGGAGGCUCAAAGCCAGGAACACCACAGACCGAAGAUUGACCAAAUGAGUUCCGAGGUUGUGGAUUCCAACCCAUACAGUCGUCUCAUGGCUUUAAAGAGAAUGGGCAUCGUGAAGGAUUAUGAGAAAAUCCGGACAUUCACAGUGGCUGUGGUCGGCGUUGGGGGAGUUGGCAGUGUGACAGCUGAAAUGCUCACUAGAUGUGGCAUUGGUAAGUUGCUCCUCUUUGACUACGAUAAAGUAGAGCUGGCCAACAUGAACCGGCUGUUCUUCCAGCCUCACCAGGCCGGCCUCAGUAAAGUGGAGGCUGCGGAACACACUCUCAGGAACAUCAACCCAGACGUGUCAUUUGAGAGCCACAACUACAAUAUCACCACAAUGGAUAAUUUUACACAUUUUAUGGAGCGCAUCAGUUAUGGAGGGCUGGAGGAAGGGAAGCCGGUGGAUUUGAUCCUGAGCUGUGUGGACAACUAUGAGGCCAGAAUGGCCAUCAAUACUGCCUGUAAUGAACUCGGUCAGAUCUGGAUGGAGUCUGGCGUCAGUGAGAACGCUGUAUCGGGACACAUCCAGCUCAUCAUUCCUGGAGAGACGGCGUGCUUUGCUUGUGCUCCUCCUCUGGUGGUGGCCGCUAACAUAGAUGAGAAGACCCUAAAAAGGGACGGCGUGUGUGCUGCCAGCUUACCAACAACAAUGGGCGUGGUCGCAGGCCUCCUGGUGCAAAAUGUCCUCAAGUUUCUGUUGAAGUUUGGAACUGUCAGUUAUUAUCUCGGCUACAACGCCAUGCAGGACUUCUUCCCCACCAUGGCCAUGAAACCCAACACCCAGUGUAGUGACCGCUACUGCAGGAGACAACAGGAAGAGUACAAGAAGAAAGAAGCAGAGCGCCCGAAGGUCGAGGCUGUGCAGGAAGAGGAGGAAGAGGUCGUACACGAGGACAAUCAGUGGGGUAUUGAACUCGUAUCAGAAGUGACUGAUGCAGAAUUACAGGCUGCUUCGGGCGCUGUGCCUGACCUCCCAGAAGGCAUUACAGUGGCUUACACCAUUCCAGUUGAGGAUACAGAAAGUGGGGAGACGGUGGGGGAGACUGAGCAGAGUCUAGAAGACUUGAUGGCUCAGAUGAGAAAGAUGUAGGCAACAAUCUAAAGAUGCUAUUCAGAUGAGACACCAUCGGCUUCUUUGAUAUCAAGCAUCCUCAUAAAAAAUUACAAUUACAGAAUGAACUCAUCUAACGGCUAAAGAACAGAAAUGCAUGAAAAGUGAUGCUGAUGACAUUUCAUGCAACACAGAAAAUAAAAAAGCAAAACCAGUCCAGUCAAAUUUAGAACAUGUUGACAUACUAGGAAGGUGUUUAUCACUUGGAGUUGGUAAAGUCUCUAAUGAAAUGUAAAUAAACCGAGGAUAAUAUCACUGUUAGUGCAUUAACAUUGCCACAAUGUGUAUUUUCUACGGUUUUGAUUAGUGAAUGGGUUUUCUGCCUACCUUUUUAAUGUACGUGUCAUCCACUCAGCUUUAAAGAAAAUAAAAAAAAAUCUGCUGCAACCAUUUAAAACAUGUUUAAGUUGUUUCAAUAAAGUAUUUAUUAGAUGGAAUACAAUCUUCUUGAUAUAUUGGAUGUGAUUUUUGUGGUUGUCCUGUGUAACUUUUACAUAAUAAGUGUUACAUUGAUACACACAUUUAUUAAAACACUUGCAUUAAUGUGUUAAUGUAUCCCUUUGGGAUUCAUGUGCAUUCAGUCAAACAACAAAACAUUACUCAAUUGUACUUAUGGCACUAUCUUGGUUUUGGCAAAUCCCUUAAAAUCCUUUUUGUCAAUGAGUAAAUACAGAGACAUUUAACAGCAUGAAAUCUUAUCCGGAGGUAAUGUCUUCUCAGACAUGGUCUCGGUCUUUGGUUCUACAUUUCCUCUUUUUGGAUUAUGUACUCUAUACUAGUAGGUAAACAUUAUGCAAUGUAAACAUAAAUGGUAUCUAUACAUAUUUGACACAAUAUGCCCGUUACAUUUUCACAACAUCAGGAAUGUAAACUUGGCAACAAAUCUGUGUGAGGUUCUUAACAGUUUUGGUAAGACAUAACGGCACAAUCGGACUGAGUUGUGGAAAUAUUUCAUAGCUCGUAUUUUAUCUCCUUAAAAGAAGCUCGAGAACAAUUUUUAGAGGUAUUCCUUUAAAAUCAAAUGUAAGAAUAAUUGUGUUUUCUUCAUACCUGUAACCCUAGUUCACAAAAAAUAAAGUUU